CCCAGGCUGAGUGGGCGCUGGACGUUAUCACAAAACCUCUCCGAAGUAAACUGUAAUAUGUAGAGCAAUCACAAGGGCCCAUACAGCAUCAAAGCAACCAGGGCCUCGUGCGUUCCUAGAAUGGAUGAAGUCAACAUUUCAGACGAGCAGUAUUUUCGAUCCAUACCGUGGUGCCAGCAGCUUCUUGCGGAUCCUGCCUUUGCAAUUACUGGCCUCAAGUCGCGCAAAGUGAAAGACAGCAACGAGGACGCAUGUUUCGCGGAAACUUUCAACACACCGGGAACAAUCCCGCACUGUCUUGCCAUGUAUAGAGUUCCCAGCGAACCAGUUGCAAUGAUCGACGAGGUCCGCGUGCUAUAUCAUGUUGGAGCAAAGCUCGAUGGAAAUCCACACAUUCUCCAUGGCGGCAUCCAGAGCUUCUUGCUCGACGAGGCAAUGGCGAAGAUCCCUUCGUUCAACAAGGACCGGGAAGGUGGCUUGACGAGGAGAUUGACGGUCACGGCCUCGUUGCAAGUCUCGUUCCGCAAAGUUGCGACAACGCCUGCUGUACUUCUUGCAUCGGCAAAGACGGAACGGAGGCAAGGCCGUAAACUGCACUUGUCAUCAGUUUUGCAGGAUGGAAACGGACAAGUUCUGGCAACGGCUGAGGGAGUGUUUGUCACCGUUGAGCCGACAGUCGAAGAACGACUUUGAAGCCAUAUCAUCUUCGCAACAGCAAGUUUUUACGUAUUCAAACCAUCAGUGCAUCUCUAUGCUUCCAUGCUA